ACUGAACGGACAGAGCUCGGCCGUGUCUCUGUGUCUCUGCUCAUAGAUAAUCAACGCUUCCCUCCAUCAAUGCACAGCUCCGAGCUCCGCGCCCCACGACCUCCGGGAUAGACGUGGACUUCAUGCUGCAGCUCGGUGCUUUUGGUGGCCUCUUGCCGUGAACUCUGCAUACGCACUCUGAAGCCCCCUCUGAAGCUCACUGGGGGGUCUCAGGCAACUUUUGAAGGCCCCAGGUGUGAAUUUGGUCAGUGACGGCUGAGAGAGAUGAAGACAUGCAUCGUGCUUCUAGUGGCUCUGCUGCCAUGCAUCCAAGCAGUGUGCCCAGAUGAGGAGCCAGGACUGCAACCAUGGAUGCCGGGACACAGUGAAGACCACCGUGUUACAAUCGGUUAUGGCAGGAAGGUCCUCCUCACAUCUUCAGCUACUGUACACUCCAUUGAGAUUCUCAAUGGAGGAAAGCUGGUGAUUGCUGACACCAACAGGCCGAUGCUGCUUCGAACAAAACACAUACUGAUUGGGAACAAAGGGGAGCUCCACAUUGGAAGCCCAGACUGUCCAUAUAAAGGCAACUUGACCAUCUCCCUCUUUGGAAGAUUGGAUGACAGUGAUCAAGAACACAGCUACUUCGGGAGGAAGUACAUUGGUGUGGGGACAGGAGGGACACUAGAGAUCCAUGGAAAAGAGAAACUCUCUUGGACUUUCCUUAAUAAGACAAUCCAUCCAGGAGAGAGCAACCAGAACAACUACAUGUUCCAGAGAAGCUGGGGGAAUAGGGGAAUCAUAAUUCACCUUAUCAGCCCCAAGACUGGAGAGGUAUUGCACAUUGACAGGUUUGACACAUACCGAACUAAGGAUGAGAGUCAUCGCCUGGCAAAGUAUAUCGAUGGUGUGGAGGUGGGGCUCAUACUGGCCAUGGUUGUCAAUGACGAGGGCUCCAAUAACUUGGAGGAGUCAGCCAAGAAGAGCCUUUCCAGGCUUGGAAGUCAACACAUCAGAAGUCUGGGAUUUAGGCAUCCCUGGACUUUUGUUGUGACAAAGGGUGAGACUUCUUGUGUUGCAGAGGAUCAUGCCAUCUAUCAGGGGACCAGGGACUCUUCAGAAGCCCGCAGCUCUUGUGCUUUCCAUUCAAGUUAUGGGGAGGACUUCAACAUCACCGCCAGCAGCCAAUGGGUACAAGAGGCAGAAUGGACAGAAUGGUUUGACAGGGAUGACGAGAGGGGAUCUGGUGACUGGGAGAAACUGUCUGACCUGCUAAAGGCCUAUCCAAACCGACUGUGUAGUGGGCCGCUGGACAUCCAGGCUGAAACCUAUGAUGGCACACCAUCCGACCGGACAGGAGAUGUGAUCUACAAGAAGCACAAGGACUACGGCUUUGUCUGCCUCAACAAAGACCAGGCUCAUGGCAUCUGUCAAAACUACAGGGUUCGCUUCCUCUGUGGAAAACUGGUUCGUCCGCAGGUCUCCAUUUCCAUCGGCAUAUCGUCCAAUAGCAGCAUUCUGGAACUCGCUGACAAACCAGAGGGCUGGGGAUCCAAUGAUCGGGUGGUGGUGGCCAGUACUGACUACUCCAUGCAUCAGACUGAAGAGUUCACCCUGUUACCUUGCUCUACCUGCACAUCCAACCAGGUCAAGGUUCAAGGUAAGGCCCAGUUUGUUCACAUUGGCCAGGAGGUGGACGGCGUGGAUAUGAGGGCGGAGGUGGGCUUACUGAGUCGUAACAUACUGAUCCGCGGUGAGAUGGAGCCCAGUUGCUAUGCCAACGAAGCCUGCAAGUUCUUCUACUUUGACACCUUUGGAGGACAUUUGAAGGUGGAGCGAGGCUUCAGGUCAGUUCAUAUUUCUGGAGUGGAGAUGCAGCAUAUGGGCCAGCAGACAAUGGGACACUAUCCAGUUCAUUUCCAUAUGAAUGGAGAUGUAGACGAUAGGGGAGGCUAUGACCCUCCAACCUCCGUCAGGGAUUUAUCCAUCCACCACACCUUUUCCCGCUGUGUAACCAUCCAUGGCUCCAAUGGACUUCUGGUAAAGGAUGUGGUGGGCUAUGACACUCUAGGCCACUGUUUCUUCACAGAAGAUGGUGCAGAGGAGAGGAACACAUUUGACCACUGUCUUGGUCUGAUGGUGCGCGCUGGGACCUUGCUGCCUUCUGAUAGAGACAGCAAAAUGUGCCGUGACAUCACUGAAGGAUCAUACCCAGGAUAUGUGCCUAACCCACGCCAGGACUGCAGCGCAACUUCAACUUUCUGGAUCGCCAACCCCAAUAACAACCUCAUCAACUGUGCUGCUGCAGGCUCAGAGGAAACAGGUUUCUGGUUCGUCUUCCACCAUGUUCCCACCGGUCCUUCAGAGGGGCUCUAUGCUCCAGGACAAACUGAACACACACCUAUGGGCCAAUUUACCAACAACAGAGCCCACUCCAACUACAGGGCCGGUAUGAUCCUGGAUAAUGGAGUUAAGACUACGCUGGCAAACGACAAGGACAAGAGACCCUUCCUGUCUUUGAUUGGAGCCAGGUAUGGCCCUCACCAGGACGCUGACCCGUUCAAACCAAGAAUUCCUGCUCUUAUCCACCACUUUGUAGCCUUUAAGAACCAGGACCAUGGAGCCUGGCUGAGAGGAGGGGACGUCUGGUUGGAUGACUGCCAAUUUGCUGAUAAUGGCAUCGGCCUCACUCUUGCAAGUGGAGGGACUUUCCCAGACGAUGACGGCGCUCAUCAGCAGGUGAUAAAUUCUUUGUUUGUUGGCGAAAGUGAAAAUCGUGGGAGGCCCCUGCCUGACAACCACAUCUGGGGCCCUGGUGGUUCUGACUUUACUGGCAGAACCCUGCCACAUGGCAUUGAUUUUCCUAUCCGGGGCAUGCAGAUCUACGACGGGCCUAUCAACAUGCAGAACUGUACUUUUAGAAAAUACACAGCACUGGACGGGCGACACACCAGUGCCUUUGGCUUCAGACUCAACAACUCCUGGCAGAGCUGCCCGAACAACAACGUCACUAAUAUCACUUUUGACCAUGUACCUAUCACAUCUCGUGUGUUUUUUGGGGAGCCGGGACCCUGGUUUAACAAGAUGGAGAUGGACGGGGACAAGACCACCAUCUUCCACGACAUCGAUGGUUCAGUCAGCGAAUAUCCCGGAGCGUUCCUGGUCAAGGAGGACAACUGGCUGCUCCGUCAUCCUGACUGCAUCCAUGUGCCUGACUGGAGGGCGGCUAUCUGCAGUGGCCGCUACGCACAGAUCUACAUUCAGAUACGUAACCCAGCAUACCUGGACAUGCUCAUUGUGAGAAACGAGUACCCUGAUCGGCCCCUCACACUGGAGGGAGCUCUCGGGAAGAGGAAACACUACCAGCAGUUCCAGCCAGUCAUUACAUUGGCAAAAGGAUACACCAUCCACUGGGACCAGGCGGCGCCUGCUGAGGUUACCAUCUGGCUCAUCAACUUCAACAAAAAUGACUGGAUCAAUGUGGGCAUCUGUUACCCACAAGGCACCAACUUCACCAUCAUCUCUGACAUCCACAACCGUCUGACCAAAAGGACCCACAAGACCGGCGUCUUCAUGAGGACAACACAGAGGGACAAGAUCAACCACUCCCACCUGGCCAGGGGAUACUACCACUGGGAGGAAGACACUGGCCUGCUGUUCCUGAAGGUGAAAGCCCAUAACGACAGGGAACAGUUUGCCUUCUGCUCUGUCAGAGGCUGUGAGAGGGUGAAGAUCACAGCUGUCAUUCCUAAAGGCAGUCCACCCAGCAACUGCAUGGCCCAGGCCUACCCCCGACACGCUGAGCUGCCUGUUGUGGAUACACCUAUGCCCACAAAGACACCCAAUGCCAUGCUGCACUCACCUGAUCACUUCCUUGAAAUCAAACUGGAGUCCUACAACACUCGCUUCUUCCACAUCAAGGAGGACUUUGCCUUUGCUGAGGUGAACGGACGGAAGUUGUACCAGCCAGAAGACGGGGUGCAGCUGACGGUCAUUGAUGGCCAUGAUGGGAAGGUGGGGGAGAGCAAAGCUUUUAGGAAUUCCAUCCUGCAGGGCAUCCCUGCACAGAUCGACAAUUACGUCAGUGGACUGAGAAAUGGUACAAUUGUCCUCCUCACAUCGAAAGGCCGUCUGGUUACCAGAGGAUCCUGGACUAGAGUUUUAGAAAGACUUGGAGCAGACAGAAGCAUCAAAUUGAAAGAUAAACUGGCUUUUGUGGGCUUCAAGGGCUCCUUCAAACCUGACUGGGUUCAUCUGGAGGUGGAUGCAGACCAUGCCAAGAUCCAUCAAGUUCUGCCUGUGCCUGUCGUCCGCAAGUUCAAACUAUGAGUGAGCAUUGAGCAUAGCAGGGAGGAGAGCCCAAAAACUAUGUAGCCCCCCCUCCCCGCCCCCCAACUAUCAACACCAUAACCACCUAAAAGCACAUGCACAUGCACAGACACACAAAGUACACAUUCAAUACACACUGCCAUCACUGCAGAUACUCUAAGCCAUGGGUCUUGGUAGGUUUUGUUAGGUUAUUCUGGUUAAAAAACAAACAAAACAACAACAGCGAUUAUCACUGCCCAUGAACAAUCUGCCUGUGUAAACACAACCUCACGUACAGGGCUUACAGCUGGAAACACCCUUCAGCUGGAAGUCAUCAGCCCUUUAACAAUCGUGGCUAACAGUGGCCAUUUGUGUGUGUGUGUGCGAAAAACUGGGCUGUCACCACAGACAUUAUUAGAGAUAGUCAUUGAUCAUGUUUGUGAGUGAACUGUUCUGUUGGGUUGUUAGAGAAGCAUUAUUACUGUGCACCAGCUCACAUGAACACCUUUACACAGACUGGCCUCACUGUCUUUGUAAACUGCAUGAAGGCAAAAUGGUGAGGGAGAACUCAGUCUCACAGAUCUGCAGUAAAUUACUCUAACUAAUCUCUGAAUGAACACAAUCAGAAUUUUGUUUUUGCAGAAAAAUGACAGCACCCUGAUUAAGUCAUAAUUCACAAUUAUAUUGCCUUGUUCAUUGGAGGACACAAAACAGUGCUUUGAAGGAGUUGUUCCCACAUCCAGCUAUCUUGUGAAGUAGGUGCUUAGGACGUCAAACUGUCACAUGAACAGGGUUUAGAGGGAAAGAAACGGUGGGAUUUUUUCUAAUAAAUUGGUGAUGCUUAGCAGGACACAAAACGAAAAAGGGUGCAAAUGAACAUGAGAUAAAAACAAACAAAACAUAAAUUAGUGACGUGCGCAGUAUUGUCUUUUUUUAGCUCCUUGUGACAUAAACGGCCAACUGCAUCAUUUGUAGUUAACUAUUUUUUCCCUCCAUAUCAGAGGGGUUAGAGGCCUGUCUGUGCACCGACUCUCUAAAUCUGUCCAUGGUCAUGAAUAAUAAUGACAGUUUUCUCUGAACAACCUGGUAAAAAGUGUUUCUUUGAGCCUUUAAGUUAAAAAACAGCAAUAUCUCUCUCGAAGCCUGGUUGAUUAUAGUUUAUAUAAAAUGAACUAAUGCUAAAUGUGGUGUAGGUGCAUCUUUCCCAUACAGGUCUCUGUGAUAUGUGACGGCAGUAAUACUUGACUUGUUUACCAUUGUGCAUUUUAUUCUCAACUAUUUAAAGAGAGAGGAGAGAAAAAUACAGAAACAUUCCUUGUUUAUCUUCUGGACUUGUGGUUGUUAACAUUUGAUAUUGUAAUGUUGCUUACAUGUCAUUGUUUUUUGUAUCGGUGUUUGUGAUCCAUCUGUAAGGGAUUUUGGGUGAACCAGCAAGAAGCCCUUAAGAAUAUAAAAUAUUGAAAAACAUAUCCACUGAAUGUGUGGAUUUUUAAAUGUGCAAUUUACCAACCAAACAAAAAGUUGAUGGAAAAAUAAUUGGUCAUGAAAGAAUUCCCUUUACCGAAAUAGCUGGUCUUUUUUCGGAAGGUGUAGCAGUAAUUCAGUGUUUUGUAUGUUUUGAAUUGUUUUUCAAAUCUAAAGUUUACUAAGAGAUAUAUUUUAUACUUAUUUAUUGUACAGACACAGUUGGUCCAAAUCAACUAGGGACUUCUCUUUAGUUGAAAUGUUAUUAUUGUCCUGUAUGUAUACUGCAUGUGCCUGUAUGUUUACUGCAUGGAGCUUAUACGAGUGCAUAUGCUCCAUUAUAAAGCAUUUGUACCAAACAUGCAUAUGACUCUUGGUAAGUUGGCUUGUUUUGACUGUACCAAAUGGAUGUGUUGUAUAUGUUGUUUGGGCUUGUAAAUGAAUAAAGCCACAUGAAACUGAUUUUUUUUUAAAGGACUAUUGUAAAGAAAUAAAUCAUUUUAAUCUUGAACAAUUUGUCUAAAUGUCACUGAGUGAAGCUUACAUCUGUUUUUUUCCCCUUCUUUAAAUAGAAAUCAUCAUACAGCCGCAUCUUCUUGGGCAUGCUUCAAGAAAAAAACACAAAACUUGACAUGAUUCUUUAUAUUCCCAGCAUUUCAAUGGAUCCAAACCAAUAAUUAUGACAUCCUGCUUACUUUCAU